UUUCUCUCAAAUUGCCGCUCAAGGCCUACGCUUCUUCCCCCUUCUCUCCCCCUCCGAACGGGCGAACCCUAGCCACCCUGCUCACUUCCCAGCUCGAACCCGCCGCGGCGCGAGUCCUCGGCAUUGCGGCAGCUGAUCCUUCGGUCAAGGCGGCGGAGAAGAGAUGGUGGUGGUGUCCGGCGGCGGGGGGAACGCGUGGGCAAAGGAGAUGACCAUCCGCCGCAGGGUAGCCAGCAUAUUCAACAAGACGCAGGAACAUUUCCCUACUCUGAAAGACUACAACGAUUAUCUGGAAGAAGUUGAGGAUAUGACUUUCAACCUGAUUGAAGGGAUAGAUGUCGAGGCGAUCGAAGCUAAAAUUGCGAGAUACCAGAAGGAAAAUGCAGAGCAGAUAUUCUUGUCCCGAGCGAAAAGGGCUGAAGAUCUUGCGGCUGCACUAAAAGCAAGCAGGAUGAACCCUGUAAAGACUGACGCUGAUGAUACGGCUGCUGGGAGUUCGCAGGGUAUUAGUGGUGGGGCAGGAGUUCAGGGCCAGUAUGCACCUGCUGCGGUCCCUGGUGGGCUGGCUCAGCCUCGUCCCACAGGUAUGGCUCCCCAACCAAUCGGCGGUCGGUCAGAUCCUCUUCAAGGAGAUGAUGAGGAGACCAGGAGACUACGUGCAGAGCGAGCAGCACGAGCAGGCGGAUGGACUAUUGAAUUGAGUAAGAGGAGAGCGAUGGAGGAGGCGUUUAGUGCCAUAUUCCUCUAGAUCUGAUCAAAAGGCAGCACCUGGCCUGGAGGAAAGCCAGUAUACUUAAGAUGGCCUUUUAACAACUACACGCUGUUGGAUGAUCUGUAAUUUUAUCAUCUUUUGUGUAUGGAGUUCUCGCUGAGGGUAGUGAAGUUCGUAUAUCAGUAUCAAGCAUUGUACCUUGUCAGUCUCAGGUCAUCGUGACUGUCAGACUUGCAGUGCCUUACUGUCACUUGUGAUUGUUCCUUCAUAAGGACAGGAUAUGCUUUACGAGCCUCGCCACCUCUUGAGUCUUGAACAUAAAAAGAUUUUGUUCAUGUGAUAUUUCUUUUUUAGAAUUUA